UCCCGGCCGCUGCCAGACGAGCCUCCCAAAGUUUCCUGUGACGCCGUCCGCCUCCGGCCCCGUCCCGCCAGCCCUGGACACCGGCUAGAGAAGAGCCGACUACACAGAAAACCUGGCGACCCCGCUGAGCCAGGCAGCGGGUCCCGGGGGUGGCUGCCGCAGCUGCACGCUUCCCCUCGCCGCCGACCCAGCCAGCGACCCUUCAGCGCCCACCUUGCAGGAACACGGGUGCCACCCUCCGGGUCUCCGGCCAAUCGGCCGCACCCCACCUCCCGGGAGGCGGUGGAGGAGGGGGGCUGGGGGGCCGGGCGGCAGCGCCCGCCUUCUACUCGUGUCCAUUGGCUGAAGAUUCCAGGGUGCCCUGAGACCGGAGUGGAGUUGGAUUGGCUGCACAGGCUCGUGACAGCGGUGCCUAUUGGCUGUGGCGGCCCCCGUGACGCGGGGUGGCGGCUGGCUUCAGUGUCUGAGGGGCUCCUGCUUGUCAGGUUCUAGCUUACGUUUUCUGGCUAGACCUGUGGUCAUUACCGUGAACUUCACUGCACGUUUUUUCAAGUGUCUUCUUCAUCUCUAAGGGAUAAUUCUUCAACAUGGACCUGCUACUUUAACUAAGCUAUGACCAACAAUGAAUUAUAGUAAGGUAUGCCUAUAUCACUGUGAAUUUCCUUCUUAGAACCACUUUACUGCAUCCCAUACAUUUUGAUAUGUGCUGACUAGAAAGCUCACGUGUGGAGGAUAAGACAGUGCCUUACAAAAAUGGGGUUUGGGAGUGACCUGAAGAAUUCACAUGAAGCUGUGUUAAAAUUGCAAGACUGGGAAUUACGAUUACUGGAAACAGUGAAGAAAUUUAUGGCCCUGAGAAUAAAAAGUGACAAAGAAUAUGCAUCCAGUUUACAGAACCUUUGUAAUCAAGUUGAUAAGGAAAAUACUAUACAAAUGAAUUAUGUCAGCAAUGUAUCCAAGUCUUGGCUGCUUAUGAUUCAGCAGACAGAGCAACUUAGUAGGAUAAUGAAGGCGCAUGCAGAAGAUCUAAAUUCUGGACCCUUACACAGACUCACCAUGAUGAUCAAAGACAAGCAGCAAGUGAAGAAAAGUUACUUAAGUGUUCAUCAACAGAUAGAGGCAGAGAUGAUCAAGGUUACAAAGACAGAAUUAGAGAAAUUAAAAUCCAGCUAUAGACAAUUAAUAAAAGAAAUGAAUUCUGCCAAAGAGAAAUAUAAAGAAGCUUUAGCUAAAGGGAGAGAAACUGAAAAGGCCAAGGAACGUUAUGACAAAGCCACAAUGAAACUUCAUAUGUUACAUAAUCAAUAUGUUUUGGCCUUGAAAGGAGCACAGCUUCAUCAGAAUCAGUAUUAUGAUACCACACUUCCUUUGCUGCUGGACUCCUUACAAAAGAUGCAAGAAGAAAUGAUAGAAGCAUUAAAAAGCAUAUUUGAUGAGUACAGCCAGAUAACCAGUCUUGUUACAGAGGAAAUAGUGAAUGUUCAUAAAGAAAUUGAAACGUCUGUUGACCAGAUAGACCCUAGCACAGAAUACAGUAAUUUCAUAGAUGUUUACAGAACAACAGCUGCUAAAGAUCAAGAAAUUGAAUUUGAUACUUCCUUACUAGAAGAAAAUGAAAAUCUUCAGGCAAAUGAAAUCAUGUGGAAUAAUUUAACAGCAGAAAGUUUGCAAGUGAUGCUGAAACCUUUAGCAGAAGAACUUAUGCAGACACAGCAGAUGCUUUUAAACAAGGAGGAGGCUGUCCUGGAACUGGAGAAGAAAAUUGAAGAAUCUUCUAAGACAUAUGAAAAGAAGUCUGAUAUUGUGCUUCUGCUAAGCCAGAAACAGACACUUGAAGAGUUAAAACAGUCAGUCCAGCAGCUAAAAUGUACUGAAGCAAAGUUUUCUGCACAGAAAGAAUUGCUAGAGCAAAAAGUACAAGAAAAUGAUGGGAAAGAGCCACCUCCAGUAAUAAAUUAUGAAGAAGAUGCACGAUCAGUUACAUCUAUGGGGGAGACAGCUUCAAAUAGGAGAUUCAGAACUGUGUCUUUCUAUCUUGCUUUUUGGCACAAAGUCUCUGGGGAAAUUGUCUUCAGUGAGCCUAUCACCAGUAGCUCUCUUAAGAUGGAGGAUAAAAGUGAAUGUGAGAGUGGGCAGGGACCUGAUAGUGAUUUUGGAGCUCCUAAAACUCGCACUUUGAGGCAUUCUUCUGAGUCUUCUGCUCCCUCUACAUCAGAGUUAAAAAAAGAACAGGAAAGAAAGGAGAGGCUUUCUAGAUUUGAGUCCAUUCGUCAUUCAAUUGCUGGGAUAAUUAGAGCUCCAAAAUCUGUGCUGGGCUCUUCAACAUUAUGUGAUUUGAUGCCAACAUUUGAGAAGCCUCUGGCUGAACAAGACUGGUACCAUGGUGCAAUUCCCAGAAUAGAAGCUCAAGAUCUGUUAAAACAACAAGGAGACUUCUUGGUGCGAGAAAGCCAUGGGAAGCCUGGUGAAUAUGUCCUUUCUGUAUAUUCUGAUGGACAAAGGAGACACUUUAUCAUUCAACUUGUUGAUAAUCUGUAUCGGUUUGAAGGCACUGGGUUCUCAAGCAUUCCUCAACUUAUAGACCAUCAUUAUACAACGAAGCAAGUCAUCACUAAGAAAUCAGGUGUCAUUCUGCUAAAUCCUAUUCCUAAGGAUAAGAAGUGGGUUCUCAAUCACGAAGAUGUCACUCUAGGAGAAUUACUUGGCAAGGGUAAUUUUGGUGAAGUAUAUAAGGGAAUUUUAAAGGAUAAAACUGCUGUUGCUGUUAAAACAUGUAAAGAAGAUCUUCCUCAGGAACUGAAAAUAAAAUUUUUACAAGAAGCCAAAAUCCUCAAACAAUAUGAUCAUCCUAAUAUUGUCAAACUUAUAGGAGUUUGUACACAAAGACAACCUAUCUAUAUCAUUAUGGAACUGAUUCCAGGAGGUGAUUUCCUUAGCUUUCUGAGAAAGAAGAAAGAUGACAUAAAGCCGAAACAAUUGGUCAAAUUUUCAUUAGAUAUUGCUUCUGGUAUGACAUAUCUUGAAAGUAAAAACUGCAUACACAGGGAUCUUGCUGCAAGAAACUGCCUAGUAGGUGAAAAUAAUGUUCUGAAAAUCAGUGACUUUGGAAUGUCUCGUCAGGAAGAUGGAGGAGUGUAUUCAUCUUCAGGUUUAAAGCAGAUUCCCAUUAAAUGGACAGCACCAGAAGCUCUUAAUUAUGGGAGAUACAGUUCUGAGAGUGAUGUGUGGAGUUUUGGUAUCUUGCUCUGGGAGACCUUCAGCUUAGGAGUCUGCCCUUACCCUGGCAUGACAAAUCAACAAGCACGAGAGCAAGUAGAAAGAGGGUACCGAAUGUCAGCUCCUCAGCAUUGUCCAGAGGAUAUUUUUAAAAUUAUGAUGAAGUGUUGGGAUUACAAGCCUGAAAACCGCCCCAAGUUCAGUGAUCUGCAGAAAGAACUCACUAUCAUCAAGAGGAAAAUCACAUAGUGAAGGAGAAGCACCGACCUCAGCCUUCAGCACUCUGUCUUCCAGCAGAGUAACAUGUUCUCAUUUACAAUGAGCUUAGACCACAGUACCUACAACAGUGUCUUAAGGUUAUUGUUUCUAUUAACUGUUUAUUUUUUUUUUUUUACUGUGCCAGUUUUUUUUUUCCAAAUUCAAAGGUUAAUGUGUUCAAUAAUUAAACAGUCCUACCAAGGACCUUAUUAACUCUGUCACAGCAACUCUGCCACUUCAGGUCAUCGUGAAUGGAAUGGGGGGUGGGGGCAGUGUAACUGUAAAAGACAGCAAGUCUAUCUUUUACACACCAAUAUCAUUGACAUUUCUCAAAGGUUAUGUACUUCAGGCACAGUUUAUGGGCUGUUGUCCUUUGCCACAGACCUUCCUCAAUUGGUGCUAUGAGCUGCAUUGGUAAUGUCAAGUUUGCAGGACACAUUCUAACCAAAGCUGGCUUUCUGCUCUGCCAAGCAAGAUUAUAUUUGUAAGCAUCAGCCUAUGUUGGGAAUUAUUUAGCCCUCCCAGAGUUUGUCCUUUCUUUCCUGCCAGAGAUAAGUGAGGUGGAAGAAUGGUCACAUUUCUGUGUUGUUAGUAAGGUAGCUGUUUCCCUCCUCAUUUGUCUGGGCAUCAAUAAAAUGAUGCACAUAAUGUCUCCAGAGAGCACACUUUUAGAGUUGAGACAGCAGCCUUCAAAGGUUGUUUUAGCUAGCUAUGAGAGCAUGAAAUAAGUUUGAACAGGAGAGUGGUCUAGAGAGAAAAACAGCUAGAGUAGUGAUCAAAGAAGAGAAGGAAAAAAAUAUAAAAUUUGCCUUCUUACCAGUUUUAUGUCUUUAUAAACACAACUAUGUUUUGCUCUGAAUUCACAAAUUAAAAGUUUCUAAGAAGUGUUUUUACAAGUUUAUAGAUAGAGUCUUCUUAGUGGUAACAAAAUUUUUAAGAAAUUACAAAGCACGCAUCCAUAGAAAUAAUAGCAUACUUUUGGCUGAGUACCUUCACUUUAGAGGCACCAUACCAAAUGUGAUUAUCUUUAUUUUUGCCAAUUUCUAAAGCCAUCAGAAUUUCAUGAUCCUAGUUUAUAAACACAUUUGUGUGUAGACCCACGUGCAUAUGCACUCCCAUUGUGUCUUUCUUACACACACACAUUAACACACACUACCAUUAACACAAUACAGGCGUGAAUAAUAAAUGGUUAAGAAGUCAAAUGAACAUCAUUGAAGAAAAAGAUAAAAAGAAAUCUCUUCUAGCCCCACUUUUCCCCUUCAUUUGCCCUUGUGCUGCUAACUGAAACUUCUCAUCAUUAGCUGACAGGUUCUGGAACACAGUUCUAUAGAUACUUCAUAUGAAUAAUUUGUAACAGAAUUAAAACUAGGGUUCUAUUGAGCUGAAUCUCCGAUGUAUCCAGGGAAAUUACCCCAUAUUAUGUGUAGAGUUUCCUCUCAGGAUAAAUAUGUGUGAAGGAGAUAGUCAUGUUCAGGCAUAAAUAUGGCCUGGGAACCUUUUUUUGUUUUUUUUAGAUCUGUUUCAGAUAAAUACCACCUUAGUGGUUAUUUGCCCUACAUUUAUGGAAGAGCUUUUGGGAUAGAAAUUCCUCCUGCCCUGUCCAACUGUUUGCUACAUAUUGCACAGAAUUCAUACAUAGUACUUUAAAUAAGAUAAAGGUUAAUUCUAAAAACAGAAGUAACUUGUAGCUAUCAUUUCAUUCUCCUUGUAGUUUUGUAUUACAUUCCAUCUAAAGUGAAAGUAUAAUAAACUUUCCCUCAAAAGGAGACUAUACUAUACAGAGAGACUUUUUAAAACCAGCAUAGCUUUCCAUUCUCUCAAAUAUAUUGGAUUGUCAGAAAACUCAUGACACAUUUUUUGCAUAGAAAACACAGGAAAGAUACAUCAUGACUUUUCUGAUAGUCCAAUAAAUAAGUGUAAGCUUCUAUGGAUAGCUUAUACUAUGUAUAAUAAGUGAAAGAACAAAUUUAUGACUUAAGUUUACGUGCUAUGGUCUACAGACACUUUCCAGCCUUAAAAAGGAGAAUAAGAUGGGAACUUACCUACCCUUUGUCAAUAUUUCCAAGUGAAUUUUUCUCAAUUGUCUGUUUGAAUAAAAUAGACUUCUAAUGCUUACCAGUCUUACUGCUAAGCUCUCGGCAAGAAGAAUAAUGGUUUUGGCUUUAUUUUUGUGAACAAUAUCCAAACUUAAUCUUUGCAUUCUGGCGUAAAGAAUGAUAUUCUGGCAUUGAUAUUUCACUCAUCCAGGCUGCUAGAAUUUGCAAUUCACAUCCUAACUCUGUGCUUAAAGAAGCUUUUCAAAACAUCGUGACAUCUGCAGCAUUUAAAUUCUAUUUUAUUCUUUGUCCUAAAGCAGGCAGUGAUACAAUUUAGGAUUAAUAACUCAUGGAAAAUGAUUCAAGAUCAUAUCAGUUGUGUAGAAUAUUAAAUUUAAUAUAGGCACAUGCAUUAAGAAAAGCUUAUGCAAACCAUUUUACUGUUAAUUUUGUUGUGUAUGAAGCAUAAUUUAUUCAUCCCUUCUGUCACUGAUAAUUAUUGGAAUUAUGUACUUUAGGAGACUAAUCCAUAUCCCAGAAGCACACAUACAAAUACUGUUCUGAAUCUGAAAAUUGAUGUUGGAAAAAAAGGCUUCAGAAAUGCAAAAAAAAAAUUUUUUUUAAUCCCCAGACUUGUUUUAUAAGAAAACAGUUGUAAUCAAAAUUGCCACUGACAUAAUUAAUUAAUCCAGGUCACAAAUCUAUGUGUUGAUAGCGUUUAUAUAUCAUGCCUAUGUAGUUCCUGUCAUAAUUCCUUACAUUUAUGAUCAUAGUGGGGGUGGAUAAAUCCAACUUUUACCUGCAUUUUUCUAUUUGGAGUCACCAAGAAGUAUUUAUGAGAAAUAUUAAGGUAGUUCAUCAUUUUACCAGGAAAUAAAUAUCUUAAUGUCAAAUUAACAUUUUAUUAACAUGUGACACCUAAAAUUAAUUUGAUAUCCCAUGUACUCUAAGGUCACAUCCCAAAGCCAACAUUUUCUUUCUCUUCUAGGAAAAGAGUAAUAAAGGAUUAAUAAGUUUUUGUAUGAAAUUUCAAAACCAGAGACUUUAUUAUACUCCAUAAUACCACUAGGUCCUCUGUGAAAGUCCUCAUUCAGUCAUUUCUCUUUUAUCUUCCAAUUUAAUUUAAGCAAUAAUGUUCUUCAUCCAUAAUUCACCAUUUUACACAAAUGCAAUUUUAUUGAAACAUCUUACUAGCAGAUCAGUAUAGACUGUGAGCCUAAUUGUAUUAUCUACUAUUUCAGUAUACAUUUCACAGUUGUUUUUUCAUUUGGUUAUUAUGUUA